AUGCCUGGUGCAUCUCUUUGGAUCAUCCCGCCCAAGGACAGCUCCUUCUCCCAAGCUCUCCAGACCCUCAUAUCCACAACCAUACCCCCUCACUUCCCAGACACAAAGACCUACGACUUCAUCCCUCAUGUCACCAUAACCUCAAACAUCGAUCAGUCCCUCUAUGGCUCUGACCCUCAAACCUGGCUGGGAGGCUUGCAUCUACCUUCUAGCGACCAGCAUGACCCUGUCUUUGUGACACUAGAUUUGCUCGAAGCUGGCGAUGCUUUUGUCAAGAAGUUGACUUUGAGAGCCGGCAANAGUGCUCAAUUGCUACAGCUAGCUGCUGCUUGCCGUGCAGAGGCUGUUGAAGGGGGUGACCAGGGAAAGGCUGAGAAUUGGGCUCGCGACGAUUAUCUGCCUCACCUCUCUCUCAUGUACGCCGACCUGCCCAAGACCGAGGUCGAAAAACUCGUCCCAGAGAUACAGGAGGAUUGCCGCAAGGCUGGUCGCAGCGUCGAAGCUCAUGAUGACGGUUCCGUUGCUACUGGAGGUAACAUCAUCUUGGUUGAUACAAGCAAACCCAUUGAUCAAUGGCAUCCCAUUGCUACAAGAGCCUUGCCUUACAUUAGAUGGGAGUGGCCAUGGUCAAAGUCGAGAUUCGAUGAUUAA